GUUAGUAUAAAUUUCAUACACCUACAUUGAAAAUAAGCAGCGGAACGAGGAAGUAUGUAGCAUUAGUUAUAAAAGUAUGUCAAGUAGUUAACAAGAUUUUUAGAUUGAAGUCGGAAAAUACUGUCCCAUAUAAAUUAAGAUUACUUGGAAAAAAUACAUUAUUUCUGUUCGCUUUUUAUGUGUAUGAUAUGGUGGAAUUUAUAAAGCAAGCAUAAUAUUUGUUCCGAAUGUAUUUGCUGGAAAUGAAAACACACGAUUUGUUAUUAGUGUUUCUAAUACACACAACUGUUCUGUUGGCCGUUAUAGCACAACAUAACCUUACACCAUUUGGCAUAGCUACGCAAAGUUCUUACAUUGGUGGUUAUAUUCAAUUUGGUAAACCAGAAUAUGCUAUAAAACCACCUAUAUCAAAUGAAUGGUCUUUUUAUGUAUGUUCGCAUACUAAUAUAAACCGUUCUAGAACACCAGCAGAUUGGUGGAUGUUUGAAUUAUCUUUCGAAUCUGCAUUCAUCACAGAUAUAACUAUUUACUACAGAGAAGGCUUUGCUCGUCGUAUGGAUGGAUUUAAAUUAUGUGUGACCAAUACAUCAACAACUCCUCCUGUCAGUGAUUCCUGUUAUGAAGAUCCUGAUCCUGGUCUUCCAAACAUCACUCAGACUAUUCCUUUUAAUCAACUUGGGAAAUAUGUCAUUUAUUACGAUAACAAAGGAUCUACAGAAGUAGAUGGUCGUUACGAUGGACCUGUUAUUGAGUUGUGUUACGUUGCCAUUAAUGGAUGUCAAAAGAGUUUUUGGGGAAGUAAUUGUGAGGUAUCAUGUGCCGUAAAUUGCAUCAAUGGUAAUUGCUUCCCUGGAAAUGGUUCUUGUAUUUGGGGAUGUAACCCUGUUGACUGCUUAAAUGAUUUUUGCAAUAAAGAUACUGCAGUAUGCACAGACGGUUGUAAGGAAAGAAAGACCGGAAACCAUUGUAACAAGUAUAACUUGGCAUCAGACAGUUUGGUCACACAGAAUCCAAGUGGUACUGCAGUAGCUAGCAUAGCUGACGGAAAUAAAACUUCAUGUUCUAGAACACUUGGAAAAAAUGUAACAUUUCUGGUUGAUCUGAAGAAAGCAAGCAUUGUAACAGGAAUAUUAAUUACAUUUGGUGAACAUACUAUAACAGAGGGUAAUCAUUCCGUGUACGCUUCGAACACAAGCUCUGGCUGGAAAAAUGGAACUGUUUUAUAUGAUGGAAAAUCUUUCCCUACUGAAAUCGGGUUCUUUGCUGUUUUCAGAUACUUAACUUUUGUAUCACGAGUUCAACAUCCAUAUGCUAUGCUUGAAUUAUGUGAAAUUGGGGUUGUUGGUUGUCCGCCUACACACUAUGGUCCUGUUUGUACUUACUCUUGCCCACAAAACUGUCAAGGACCAUGUGACCUUGAAUCCGGGAAUUGUAUUUUUGGAUGUUUUAACGGCUGGACUGGUUAUACAUGUGAACAAGCAUGUAAUGGUGGUAGAUACGGACAAGACUGUCUUGAGGAAUGUUCAGCAAAUUGUUUAAAUCCACAAUGUAAUCACGUGACUGGAGAAUGCAUCGAUGGAUGUAAAGACGGAUGGCAGGGGUUUAAUUGUACCCAAAAAUGUCCUAAUGGUCAAUUUGGGACCAAAUGUUUGGAAUUAUGUGAGGGGUGUUUAUCUUAUAUGUGUGAUCAUGUUGAUGGUUUAUGUGAUAACACAACGGUCUGUAAGCCUGGUUAUGUAUACGGGAAGUAUUGCAACAAAGAAUGUAAUAAUUGGUAUUUUGGGAAUAAUUGUUUAAUGGAAUGUAACUGUUUAGUCGAACCCUGCAACAAAGUAGACGGAAUAUGUCCACUUGGAGGUUGUAAAGAAGGAUGGCAUGGCAAAUCAUGUGACCAGAGAUGUAGUAAGGGUUAUUUUGGGCGAAACUGUGAUCGCCCAUGUGAUGGAUGUAUAUCACAAAGCUGUGAAGCCACUGAUGGAUUAUGUUAUAACACCACUGGAUGUGAACCUGGUUAUCUGUAUGAUGAAUACUGCAACAACACCUGUGACAAUUGGUAUUUCGGUAACAACUGUACAAUGAAGUGUAAUUGUUUGACUGGGCCAUGUAGCUGGUUUACAGGGACCUGUCCUCCUGGUGGUUGUAAAAAGGGGUGGCAAGGCGAUUCAUGUGAUAAAGGAUGCUUUAAAGUUUGUUGGAGGAAAAACUUUGCUGAUGCAUGUUCACCUAAAUGUAUGGACCAACACAUUUAUCCAGAAAACGGCUCCUGUGUAUGGGGAUGUGACCCAUAGAACUGUUUGAAUCACAAAUGUGACAUAUAUACAGGAACUUGUACCGAAUGAUGUGUAACUGGGCUUUCCGUACAGUACUGUAACACUUAUAAGCAUAUUUUAAAGCUGUCUUAAAUUAACACUUUCCGUCAACGAAUAAGGUAUCAAUUAUAUUUAUUAUAUCAUAUUUGAUGAAGCAAUCACAACAAAUAAGAUAAAUAAAGCAAUCUCAUGAAGAUUUUGCACAUCAGACGAACGAAAUAAUUCAUAUUAUACGCACUUAUAAGCUUUUCUAGGCCAUACGCCCAUGUGAGAUAUUUUCAUCACUUGGCUUCCGUUGUCGUCAUCCGUCGUCGUCGUAUUUCAACCAAACUUGGGAAAUGAUCCUUAUAGUAUAUACUAUAACGUAUGACUCAUAAAGUGUUAUGUUCCUCAAAUGUCGAUUAUAGACAAAUUUUUAGUUUUUGCAACUUAUCUCGAGAACUACAAAAUAUAGAUAAACACUGUCAACAGUCAAAAUGAUCAGCAUUACAGUAUAUACAAAAAGUUCAAAUGACCGAAAGAGUCGUCGCCCUUAGAGCAAUUUGUUGACUAGUUUUCAUAAUAUCGCAAUUUCUUCAAAAAUAUAAGAGAAACUUAGAAACAGUAAAAAACAUACAAGAUCAGCUAUACAAGAGCUACAAAAAUGGAAAAUGACUUAAACUAUUCAAUGACUACUUGAGCAGUUUUUGCCUUUAAAUGACGCAUUUUGAGAGUGUUUAGUGUAUUUGAAUUAUCUCGAUAAAUACAAUAGAUAGGUACAAACAGUGCACUACAAUUAUGGUCAGCAAUACAAGAUCUACGAAAAUAGCAUAUUAACUAAUUGCAAUGAAGGUAAAGGAUGAUGCCUAAAUUGAGAUUUACGGAAAGUCUCGGUUCCGACUGUUGACUCUGACUCUGACAGCAAAAACUACAGGGGUCGUCUCAAAAGUUAAUUUAGCGGCGCAAUUUAUCCAUAAGUAGUCCAUAAACGGAUCAUACCAUAGCUCCACCGACAAUAAAAAUCAAAAUUUGAAUCCAGAGUUUUCAUAACAGCACAUUUCAAUCGGAUAUGUCGUCAAGCUCAUACACAUGUAUAUGAAGCCAGAUACUUUAUUUUGAAUGAUUUUUUUCCUGCAUCCAUAUGGCCAUAGUUAUAUAUAAAAGUACAUAUUAUGUGUGAGCCAAGGCCGUUCUUUGACCUACAAUGGUUUACCUUUACAAAUUGUGACUUGGAUGGAGAGUUGUCUCAUUGGUACUCAUACAACAUCUUCUUACAUCUUUAUAUGUACAUCCCGUUUUCUGAUAUAAACAUUUUCCUGUUUUACAGAUACGAAAAUAAAAGGAACAUCAAGGUUAGGGAGUAAUCUUUAAUUUAGAUAAGGGGGGAGGAGGGGGUGGUAAGGAGAAGAAAUUUGCAGUAAAAAGGCAGUACCAAUGUAUCAAUGAAGUAACAAAUCCUACAUUCAUUUUUGAACAAGAAGUUGAACGCUCAAAGGCUGCGAUGGCAAUUUUGAAAUUUGAAAGGGUUGUCAUACAUAAGUCCUGCAUCUAAAGAGCUUUCGUUUAUACAAAGUUUGGUAAAAUACUUUUUUUCAGUCGGAAAAGAUAACGGACAAAACAACGGAUGACAAGUGAUCAGGGCAAUAGCUCACAAAUACAUUUCAGCUAAGAAGCAGGGGAUAAGAUUUGUGAUACUGUAUAUAUUAACUAAAAAAAAUAUAGGAAAUAAAUUUUAUUUGUUUUCUCAACCUGCAAUCAAUCGGAUUCUGUUUCCGAAGAACUAACUCCGAUAACUUUCAUUAUUUUUGGAAUUUUUUUCGUAAUAAAUCUGUUAUAUGCCAUCUGGUUUUCGCGGAUAAUGUCCAUCAACAGUCGCUUUUUGGCCUUUUGCUUGUGUUUUUCUGGUUUUUGUGUGGAAGACCCAGCUUCAUUUCAAUAGAUGGUUCUGUGUCAACUGUGACAUCCUCAUUUGGCGCUUCUACUUCUGCUUUUGCUUGGGCUACUUGAAACUCUUCCGCUGAAUCUGACAGGUCGUUCAUCACCUUUUUCUGGAUGUCAGCAGUUUUUGUAGUGGAAGCUGUUUUCGCCGCAUUGUCGAUGUCAUAUUUUGGGGUUAAUUUCUCUUCCUUAUCUUUUAUUAGUCCCCUACCGACAAAGUCGAGGGGGACUUUAGGUUUGCACUCCGUCCGUCUGUCUGUCUGUCUGUCUGUCUGAAGAUAUUGAUUUGGUAUUUGGUGUAUUGUGUUAUCAUGACAAGUUACAGAUCAAGUUCGAAUUAUGUUCCGGUCUGAUGAUUUUGUGCAGAGUUAUAGUCCUUGGACUUAGAAAAUUUACUCAAAUAAUUAGUUUUCCGCACUUCUUUUCGUCAAAUCUUUGUGCAAUGCUAGUAUAUAACAUAUUGCUAUUAAAGAUAACAUUUGGAUUUAUAUGAAAUGAAAGUUAAGAGUUGUCAAAGGGUUUAAUGACCAUAGAUAUGUUAGCGUGUUUGCUUUACUGCUAAAGUAUACUUUAUUAUGUAUAUGUUUGUGCUUUAUAUUACCUGUGUGAGAUAAAAUACCGGAUUUUAUAUAUAUAUAUUCACAACACAGUGUUGCUAAUUGUUGUAUGUCUUCCACGUUUUGGAUAUUCGGUCCCAAGUUUUAUGUUUCGUUUAUCAAAACAAUAGCCCAAUAGUGUUGGAUGAAUAUGCUUCUGUUAUUUUAAAACUUCAUUUUUGUGAUUUUCUUGAUGAGUUGUUUUGGAUACCAUGAGCAUGGUGAAUCCAAAGAACAUUUUGUAUUUAACUAUACGAGAUGGAUAUAAGUUGAAUGAACAUAGACAUUCUCGAUCUACCCAAUAGUUUCAUUUCAUAUUACUCGCUAAAUAAUAUAACUGAAAAGAACUAUUUGAUUUAAGCAUUAGAAAUGUACGAGCUUCUUCCGUGAUACCAAUCAAGCUAUAUGUUGUUUUU